UUGGUUCCACAUGAAGGCGAGACCUAGAAGACGUCGACACUUUUCCCUACUAACAUGGUUGUUUGUUUUUCGAAAAAGUUUUGCUUUUUGGCUAUUUUUAGCUUUCUUGUAUGUCAUGAAUAGUAGUUUUUCAACAGAGCUACUUUCCUAUUCUCGGAAAGGAGCCAAUUUAGAAGACCCCCUGCUACAAAACCUCUCUGUUUUAUGGUUGGGUCCUUUCAAGGCGGGUUCAGGUUAUGGUCAAGAGUCACUAAACUUGUUGCUUUCGAUUGCCGAUAAACUUCCGCUUUUGAAAGCAGCAUAUUUUGGAGAUAAAGUGUAUAGUCGUACCUUGGACGCCUUUUCAAAGAGAGUCUUGGAUUUUUUCGAGUCUUUGGAACCAACUUGUGAGGAGUUACCCAGUUAUUACUGUGAUAAGAGCGAUAUCAUAGAUAUAAACUGUCCUUGUAACAGGACAGCCAAAGGUAAACUGUUUGAUAUCGUGGUCAUUCACUCUGUUCCAGAGGGUUGGGUUCGGAAAAUGUUAGAUGUCGGUGCGUACAAAGUAGGAAGAACUGUCUUUGAGUCAGACUCAGUUCCUAAAAGCUGGAUAGAACCUGUGAAUAAGUUUGUUGAUGAGUUGUGGGUACCGUCACAGUUUAAUGUUCAAGGUUUUCAAAGUUCCGGGGUAAAGAAGCCUGUUAUUGCUAUUCCACAGUGUGUAGAGUUUCCAAAUUGGAAUAUUGCUUCUCUACGACGUUCUAUCAAAUAUCGAUACGGUUGUCACAAGAAUGACUUUAUCUUUUUAAGUGUAUUUGCUUGGAACGAAAGGAAAGGGUUGAAAUAUUUACUUGAAGCAUACGGUUCUGAGUUUUCUUCGGAAGAUGAUGUUUGUUUGUUGCUCUUAACACGUUCUUACUCUGGAGCAUCCAAGUUACCGGAGUUGAAUCAAACAGUGGCAAACAUGCUAAGGAAAUAUAGACGUUUGGACAUUCCUAGUUUUCAGUUGGUUUCACAAAUAUCGGAUGAAGAAUUGCCAAAAGUAUAUGCUGCUUCCAAUUCUUUUGUUUUAGCAACCAGAGGAGAAGGAUGGGCUCGUCCUAUCAUGGAAGCGAUUUUUUAUGAACUUCCAGUGAUAGCCACCAAUUGGAGUGGACAUACGGAGUAUUUCGGAGAAGAUACAGGCUUUCCAGUCAGAGUAGAACGUCUUGAAAAAUAUUCUGGAAAAGAGGCAGAAAUGAAGCCUUAUGUAGGACUACAUUUGGCAGUUCCUUCCAUUUCUGAUUUGAGAUUGAAAAUGAGGCAAGUUAUGUUAGAUACGGACACUGUCCGCUCUAGAGUACAAAAAGCGAAACGAAUGAUUAUGACUAGAUACAAUCCCGAAACCAUUGGUGAUCAAAUAUUGAGUCAUUUUAUUAGAAUUAAAAAGUCGCUCUUGUCAGGUUCUGUUCAAAAGGACCACUAGAUGUAUGCAAGUAUCAUACUUUGAAUCAAUUUUAUACAGGUUAAUAAACUGGAAUUUUACAUA